CAGGACUGUGUCAAGUGAAGUCAAGUCAACCGAACAACUAUAUCACGAGGCAAUGAAAGACACUGAAUCAGAUUAUAUGAUCAGUUUGAACACUCCGGAAAGGAAGUACGUACCAGAGGCGAAGCAUUGGCAAUCUGUCGCAAGUUUCACAAUGGGAGAUGCGGUGCUAUCACCCUUCGUUAGCUACGUGGUGAACAAGGCCCUGAUUGAAGCCGAACAGGAGCUGAAGUUGAUUGCAGGAGUGAACAAGGAGCUGAGCAAGUUCAGCCAGACGUACGAGACAAUACGUGCUGUGCUCGAAGAUGCGGAGGAGAAGCAGGUCAAAAACCCGACAGUGCGCGAUUGGCUUCGGAAUCUGAAAGACGUUUUUUACGAAGCUGACGAUUUUCUGGAUGAGUUUGCUUUCCAAGCUCUGCGAAGGAAGAUGGAGGGUGGAGAGCAAACCAGUCAGGUAUGUGGUGUCUUGUCUUGUUUUGGGUUGAGUCAUUUGUCAUUCAGUACAAAGGCGGCACAUAAGAUCAAGGACAUCAGGGAGAGAUUAGAUGGGAUCGCUAAGGAGCGUGAGACCCUGCGCCUUCGAGAAUUGACUGACACUGGCCGGUUCGAAAUUCUCCGUCGGCCACCGACCAGCUCACUGGUAGAUGAGUCAACUGUUUUUGGCCGAGAGAAAGAUAAGGAGAAUGUUAUCAAAUUAUUGCUGUCUGAGGAUAAUAAUAAUAAUACAACAAGCACUCUUUCAGUCCUUCCAAUUCUGGGUCUGGGGGGUCUUGGGAAGUCGACACUUGCUCAGAUCAUCUACAACGACACGAGGGUGACUGAACAUUUUGAUCUGAGGAUGUGGGUCUUCGUGUCUCAAAAUUUCAAUAAUAUCAAACUGACGAAUGCGAUGGUUGAAGCUGCGACCAAGUCAAAAUUUGAUCUUACAAAUCUGAACAUGCUCCAGGAAACUCUAGCAGAAAAAUUAAAAGGGAAGAAGUUCUUUCUCGUGCUCGACGACGUCUGGAAUGAGAACCGUGUAGUUUGGGAGCAGGCAUGCCUUCCCCUGAAAACCGGUCGAAGCGGAAGCAAAGUCGUGGUGACGACCCGAAAUCAAAGAGUCGCAGAAAUCAUGGGCACACAACCCGCUUACCCGUUGAAAAGAUUAUCAGAAGAUGACUGUUGGACCUUGUUUUGCAGGGCUGCUUUUGCGGAAGACGAAUUUGCUGAUAAUGAGAAACUGAAAGCCAUUGGGAAAGAAAUAGUCUCAAAACUGGAUGGUGUCCCAUUAGCAGCAAAAACUGUGGGAAGCAUGCUGUUUGCAAAAUAUAAUGAGGAUGAUUGGCAGAAAGUUUUGAACAGUGAAUUUUGGGAGCUGCCGGUCAAUGAGAAUGACAUUAUGCCUCCUCUCAAAUUGAGCUAUCAGACACUUCCCUCGCAUCUGAAGCAGUGUUUCUCAUACUGUUCUAUAUUUCAAAAAGGCUAUGCCUUUGACAAAGAAAAGCUGAUCAAAAUAUGGAUGGCGCAGGGAUUCCUUCAACAGCAAGGUGAGAAACAGAUGGAAGAUGUAGGGUCUGAGAACUUCGAUGAUUUGCUGGGAAGGUCCUUCUUCCACAAAGUCAAGGGCAGCUACAAUAUGCAUGACAUGAUGCAUGCUUUGGCACAAUAUGUUUCGAUCGACGAAUGCUUCAUAGCACAAGAUGGUAGGUUGCAGGGCAUUCCGAACAAGGUUCGACAUCUUUCACUGACCUCCGAGACUCUGCAGCCAAUCUCGUUAGAAGCACUGUUUGGUUUUAGCAACUUGAGAACACUGAUCGUGCUGUAUGGAUUCAAUUCCAAUCCUGUCCAGGUUCCAACUGAUUUAUUCAUAAAGUUGAAAUGCCUCCGCGUGCUAGAUUUCAGUAACACUUUCCUAGAAGAAUUGCCCGAGAGCAUCAGCAACCUGCUGCAUCUUCGAUAUCUAGAUCUGUCUGCCACUGCUAUUGCUAAAUUGCCGGAUUCCAUUUGCAGACUUUGGAAUUUGCAGACCUUGAGACUGAGGGAUUGCUUUUCUUUGAAGGGAUUGCCGAACGGAAUAACAAGCUUAAUUAACCUACGGUAUCUCGAAGAAGAUAGUAGACUGAUUUCAAAUGUAGUUGGAAUCGGAAACUUGACCUCCCUCCGAGAACUGCCAUUGUUCAAGGUUCAGAAGGAGAUCGGACAUAAGAUAACAGAAUUGAAGGACAUGACAGAACUGCGCGGGAGGCUCUGCAUUUUGAAUCUUGAGAAUGUAGCUGAUGCUUAUGAAGCAAAAGAAGCCAAGUUGAGUAGCAAAAGGCAUAUACAAGCAUUGCAGCUAGAAUGGACUGACUAUGGUGUACCUGACUGGACUGAUGAAAACGUACUCGAAUGCCUACAGCCACAUGACAACCUCAAGGAGCUCUACAUCGAAGGCUACAAUGGGACCAGGUUUCCUAGUUGGAUAGGAGAUCCAAUAUUCACUUGUCUCACACAAGUGCGAUUAGACUACUGCAAAUGUAUCAACCUGCCACCCCUGGGACAACUGCAAUUCCUUAGUCACCUACAAGUACAAGGACUUGACGAGAUCAAGCGUGUCGGGAACGAGUUCUACGGGCAUGGUAGCAAUGCUGGUUUUCCUUCCCUAAAAGCCCUGCACUUUGAAGAGAUGCAGCAGUGGUCAGAGUGGUCAGAGGUAAAAAAAAGUCACUUCCCAUGCAUACGUGAACUGAGUAUUGUUCGAUGUCCAAAGUUGAAGGGGUUGCCGACCCUUUCAUCUCUUUCCUCCAUGAAUAUUUCCAGCUGCUCAAGCCUGAGACAGCUUCCAGUAAACAUGACCAGGCUCGAGAGACUGGCGAUCCAGCACUGUGAAAAUAUAGUAGUUCAACCAGAAAGCUACGGGCUUCAGUCGCUCCUUUCUCUUGAGCAAUUAGAUAUUGAGAACUGCCCAAAUUUCAUGUCCCUAGCAAAGCUAGAUGAAGUUCAUCUUCCAACUUCUAUUCGAAAACUUCGAAUCAGUUCGUGCAUUGGACCAGAGAAUAUGAUUUUCAAAGAGAUAAAAUCAUUGACAUCACUCCAAUCUUUGGAAAUUUCCGAUUGCAGGAAUCUGACUAGUCUCCCAGAAGGACUCCAUGGCCUUCCAUCCCUCGAAAGCUUUUAUGUGAUUAGGUGCGCCAUGGUCGAAGAUUUUCCAGAGGAGAGUUUGCCUAAAACCUUGCAAUACUUGUCUAUAGAAGGCUGUCCGACACUAAGUGAAUGCUGCAGAAAGGAGAUAGCAUUAGACAAGCACAUAACAGAUCAUGUUCCCAACAUAAUUAUUGAUGGCCAACGAGUGACAAGGAGGAAGUCAAGCGUUCCAGACCAGACUAUUGAGUGACUUUGCCGGAUUAAAAUAAUCUUUUCCCCACUUUCUGCAGCAGGCCAAGCCAAGUAUAGGAAAAUGGAAGAAUUACUCAAUCAGUAAUUUUGGUAAAUUGGGAAUGUUAUUUGCACAAGAUAGGGCUAUUGGAGAAAGUGCAAAAGUAGCAGGAGAUCAAUGAGGCUGUGGGGCUGAGACUGAAUCAACAGUAUGAGAAUAUAGACCUAAACAAUUGCACACCAGUUCAUGUUGUUGUUGAUGCAAUGGAGUUUGCUCAAGAGGAGAAUGGAGGCAAGGUGAGUCAAACAGCUACAAAUCAACAAGGUUCAGAAACUGUCGUUUUGAACAAUUCAAGGAAGAGAAAGCUUUGAAGCAGUGCAACAUCUUGCAAUAAAUCAAUGUAGUUGAUCUAAUAAAGCUAAUGACUGUAUUUACACUUUAUAAGUUGAAUAAUUGUUAUGAGUAAAUCUUUUAAGUUCCUAGUUUUAGUUAUGGACAAGUAAAUAUUUAUAAGUUUAUAUGUCAUCUUCUUUGGCUGCUGUUAAAUGUUAGCUGCUUUGUAUGUAAGAUCUUCCUUAGCUAC